CCUCAUUCCGCGGCCGUGCACCCUUCACACUGCUUGGCAGUUAUUACCCAUCCAUCAUUACCCACUUCAACUAGUCUGCUGUUUCCCCUUCAGAGCAUUUUCAAGCGUCUGGAUGGGACUAAAGAUAAUACCACCUACUGCUACCGGUGCUACUUAUAUCUACCACGACUGCCCUGGCCAUCUGGUUUGUCUCAGACAGUUCUUGACAAUCCAUAAAAACACACCAUGGCGCCAACAGAGCAAACUAUUCUGAGCAACUACCUGCUUGUUCCUGCCCAGCUGCCAGCAAUUAUCUCACUGCAGGAGUUCAUUGCCUUAUUUCCGCGGCAGUUGCAGUCUUCCCCGCGAAUUCGCAGCCUCUAUCGUGAUUUGCAGAGCCAGCGAAAUGUAGUUGUCGACGCUGUUGCAGAGGAAAUCGAACAGGAGGUGAAGCAGGGCAAGGCAAUGCGCCGCGCGGUGAUCAGGUCAAAACGCGAGGCAGAGGCAGAGGCACAGGAACAGGAUGACGAGGUCGAGAUCGAGAGAAUGCUGGGAAACUGGUCAGCGCCUCAAAAUCCACGGCACAGCCUGGCGUCUAUCCUGCCAGAUAUGGAAGGAGCCAUCGGUGCGCUGGAAGCCGAGCUGCAGCUCCUCGAGGAGGAGGAAGCCGCUCUCCUGGCCUCUGUCCGGGGCACUGUGGGCGGCAUGAGCGACCUGCGUUACGGCCGUUUGGCUAACAGCCGAUUGCCGGAGCAAGUCCUCGACGGCUUAGUCAACCUUCAAGAGAUCUGCAGAGGAAAAAGCUGAUCUGGAUUUGAACGCAACUCCCUUUGUCCCAUGACCGUGCAAUAUCCCUAGUGCUCGAGACAGAAGCGAUGUCCAUACAUAUUCGAAUCCAUACACGGUGUGGUGUGCCUUCCAACCUGCCUUAUCUGGCCGCCAGACCCCAAGCAACAAUAGAAACACAAGGCAUCCGACCCAGUAAUUACACCACCGUCAUUCUCACAGG